AUGGUCUUUGUGCCCCCGGCUUGGGCGCCGAAACUUCCCGAAGACCUCCCCGACUCCAUCACCGUCGAGGAAUUCAUCAGCAACGAGGCCUACGGCCGCCGCCCCUUCGCCUCAUCCCGGAACCCGUACACGUGCGGCCUCAGCGGCCUCACUCGCAGCGCCUCCGACGUCGCCGGCCGGACCGACUUACUCGCCCGCGCCAUCGGCAAGCGCCUCGGCUUCAGCCCGAACGAGGGCACCGCCUGGGACCGCGUCGUGGCCGUCUACUCGCUCAACACGAUCGACUACCUCCCCCUGACUCACGCCAUCCACCGCCUCUCCGGCAUCGUCACCCCCGCCAGCGCCGCCUACUCGGCCCGCGAGCUCGAGCACCAGCUCCGCUCCUCGAGCGUCAAGGCCAUCUUCACCUGCCUGCCGCUGCUCGACAAUGCCCGUGCCGCCGCCCGCGCCGCCGCCAUCCCCGACGAUCGCAUCUUCCUCCUGCCCCUGCCCGGGCACGCCGCCUCGUCAUCGCCGCCGCUCGUCACCAUCGACGACCUCGUGGCCGAGGGUCAGGCCCUGCCCCCUGUCGAGCCCCUGAGAUGGAUCAAGGGGCAGGGUGCUAGGCAAACCGCCUAUCUCUCUUACUCGAGCGGCACCUCAGGUCUGCCGAAAGCUGUCAUGAUCUCCCACCUCAACGUCAUCGCAAACAUCACGCAGCUCUGCAUUGGCGACUCGGUCCCGCGCAAGCAGCUCGGCAUCCAGACGCAGACAAGCCUGGGCGUCCUGCCCUUUAGCCACAUCUACGGCCUCGUCAUGGUCGCCCUCGUCGCCCACUACCGCGGCGACGAGACCGUCGUGCUGCCCAAGUUUGAGCUCGACGCCGCCCUCGCCGCCGUCGAGCGCUUCCGCGUCGAGAUGCUCAGCGUCGUGCCCCCCAUGCUCAUCCAGAUCAUCGCCAACCAGGACAAGUGCGCAAAGUACGACCUCGGCAGCGUCCGCUGGGUGUUUAGCGGCGCCGCGCCCUUGGGGGCUCAGGUCAUGGACAGCCUGCGCGAGCUGUAUCCCAAGUGGAAAUUGGGCCAAGGCUACGGCAUGACAGAGUCGUCCCCGGGUGUCGUGUGCAGUAUCGAGACGGACUGUCUCCCCGGGUCGUCGGGCUCACUCAUCCCCGGCACCAAGGCCAAGCUCGUUGACGGCGAGGGCAACGAGGUGACGCAGCACGAGACGCGCGGCGAGCUGCUUGUCCAGUCCCCGUCCAUUGUCCUGGGAUAUCUCAACAACGAGCAGGCCAACGCCGAGACGUUUGUCUGGGACGAGGACGGUCGCUGGCUCAAGACAGGCGAUGAGCUGCUCGUCCGCAAGUCGAGCCAGGGCCACGAGCACUUUUUCGUCACUGACCGCAUCAAGGAGCUCAUUAAGGUCAAGGGCAACCAAGUCGCCCCAGCCGAGCUCGAAGCCCACCUCCUCGCGCACCCCUUCGUCUCCGACUGCACCGUCAUCCCCAUCCCCGAUGACCGCGCCGGCGAGGUGCCCAAGGCCUUUGUCGUAAAGGCCCACGAGGCACACGCCCGCCCCGAAGCUGACGUCGCCGCCGCCAUCUGCAAGCAUGUCGAGGACCACACAGCUCGGUACAAGUGGCUCAAGGGCGGCGUCGAGUUCAUCGACGCCGUCCCCAAGAGCCCCACGGGCAAGAUUUUGCGCCGUCUGCUCAAGGACAAGGAGGCCCAGGCACGCAAGGCCAAGGGGGCCAAGCUGUGA